CGCUGCUGCAGGGGGCAUCUGCCACAGUCUCUGCAGUCGCGGAUCGCGCGCAGCCGACAUGCCGCCCCUGAAAGUCUGCAUCAUCGGAUCCGGGAACUGGGGAUCUGCCAUUGCAAAAAUCGUAGGCCAAAAUGCCCAUAAAUCCAACAGAUUUGAUCCGUCUGUAAAGAUAUGGGUAUUUGAAGAGUUAAUCAAUGGGCGGAAACUCACAGAGAUAAUUAACCAAGAUCAUGAAAAUGUGAAGUACCUCCCAGGGCAUAAGCUACCUCCAAAUGUGGUUGCUGUACCAGAUGUAGCAGCAGCAGCAGAUGGGGCGGAUAUUCUCAUAUUUGUUAUACCUCAUCAGUUCAUACCUAAAACCUGUGAACAGCUUAUUGGCCAUGUUAAAGCAGGAGCCAUUGGAAUUUCACUAAUCAAGGGUAUAGAUGAAGGCCCAGAAGGACUGAAACUCAUAUCGGACAUCAUUCGAGAGAAACUGAAUAUAGAAGUCAGCGUGCUCAUGGGAGCCAACAUCGCUAACGAAGUGGCAAAUGAAAUGUUCUGUGAAACUACUAUUGGUUGUAAAAAUGCUAGCAAUGGGAAGAUCUUUAAAGAAUUGUUGCAAACUCCAAAUUUCAGAAUUACUGUGGUGGAUGACUGUGACACCGUGGAGCUCUGUGGAGCCUUAAAAAACAUCGUGGCAGUUGGGGCUGGCUUUUGUGAUGGUCUGGGGUUCGGUGAUAAUACCAAGGCCGCUGUGAUUCGCCUGGGCCUGAUGGAAAUGGUUUCUUUUGCAAAACUCUUCUGCAAGAGCAAUGUAAGCAUCAGUAUAUUUCUGGAAAGUUGUGGUGUUGCUGAUCUGAUCACCACAUGCUAUGGCGGACGUAACAGGAAGGUGGCCGAAGCUUUUGCACAUGGCGGAAAGACAAUUGAACAGCUGGAAAAAGAAAUGUUGAAUGGACAAAAGCUACAAGGACCUCAAACAUCAGCUGAAGUCUACAAAAUCCUGAAGCAGAAGAAAAUGGUUGACAAGUUUCCAUUAUUUGUGAAUGUCUACCUGAUCUGCUAUGAAGGAAAGUCUGUCAAAGAGUUCAUCACUUGCCUGCAGAAUCAUCCAGAACAUAUGUAAGAUGGUUGUAGCUUACCAAUUAGGUAUCCCUCUGCUCAAGGAUUCUGUCAACAUCAUUACAAGGAAUAAAAAACAAG